AUGUUCCUGAAGGUAUCUUUACUUCUGGGGUUUAUUGUACUCGGCACUCAUGUCUGGACCAUUCAAAAAGAAUUUGCAGACAUUAGUAAGAACCAAGAUUACUUUGUCGUAUCUGUGGAGUUUGCCAUGGCUGUGUUCAAUGACAACAACAUGGAAGAGAAUGCAUACAGAUUGCUGGAGGUGAGACGAGCCCAGCAAAAGUCCUACAGCAGCUGCCAUCCCCCACCUAUGUGCUGCUGGCCUCCAGGACUGACACCAGACAACAUGUUCCUAAAGGCGCCUCUGCUUCUGGGGCUCAUUGCUCUGGGGCCUCACGUCAGCAGUCCCAACUUUGUGGACAUUAGUAAGAGCACAACUUCCUUUGCCAUGUGUGUGGAGUUUGCCGUGUUUCAGUUCAACCAAGACCAUCUGGAUGAGUAUGCUUACAAGCUGCUGUGGGUGGGGAGAAGCCAGCGCAAGAGGUGGACAAUGAUAUUUUUAAUGGACUUGGAGAUGGGACGCACAACUUGUAAAAAAUAUGAUGAAGAUAUUGAAAACUGCCCCUUGCAAGAAGGCUCAGGCAAGAAAAAGAUGGACUGCACUUUUGUUGUGGAUGCCCGACCAUGGUUUUCUCAGUUUACCCUCCUGAACAGCACCUGUGUGCAGAAGUAG